AUGUCCAGAGUAGAGGCUUUCAGGGACAAAAACCUACGCUCCCUACUGAGGGAGUUGCGAACUGACAUUGCGAUGGCUGUGGACGACCCCUUCCCUCUUGUCUAUGGUCUGGCAGACAAAAACAUCAUCACUGACCAAAUGCUUAAGGACACUUUAGAGAAGCAGAGCAGUGAGGGGAUCCACAAGGCCAUGUACUCACUCCUGUCCUGUGUCCUCGAGCAGAGCAGAUCCACCGUCCAGGCUUUCUGGCGCAACAUGACCAAAGAUUAUAACCUGGACAGCUACCCCAAACUGCAGACACUGGUCACUCACCUGCACUCGAAACGAGACACUACAGGUUCCAAGAGUGAGAAGAAAUCUUCUGGAUGUGACAAAAGUCUUCACGUGAAGAAGAGGAGCCACGAGGAGAGAAAGAACAGUUCCAAUAAGUUCUCGCAGUAUCAUGCAAAGACAAGUGAUGGUCCAGGGGGUAAAGUGAAAUUGUACAGAGUGAAGAGUGAAGCUCCAGCACCUCAGCUACAAUCUGGAAAUAGUGUGCAGCCAGUGUCCUCCUCAGUCCAGAGGGGAGUCGUCCUGUCCUCCUCCUCCUCCUCCACUGAGCUGUCAAUCAGCCACAAACCCAGAGAGACGAUCCACAUCCAGCAGGUGUUUGGCUCAGAUGUACUGAAGACAUCAGCAGGGAGUGCCAGGAAGUGCAUCAACAUCGGUGGAGAUUUUUACUCCCAAGGUCCAUUAGAGGAAGCGUGCUCAGCGUCCGUGCACAGUGCAGCUCACAGCUUCUGUUAUUCUUCAUGACACACAGUCUGUAUUUGCCUUAUACUGUUUGUAUGUCGUGUGUGUGUGUGUGUGUGAAUGUGUGUUUAGGGCCAUUAUAAUGAUGACGAGUGUACUGUAUGUAAGGAUGGAGGAGAGCUGAUCUGUUGUGAUGGUUGCCCUCGAGCUUUUCAUCUGACCUGCCUUGACCCUCCACUCACGUCCAUACCAAGUGGUUCGUGGCAGUGUGAGAUGUGCUGUGAGAACAGAGUGAAACGAGAGGAACCGCUGCUACCUUUACAAUCACUCGUGGCCCAGCCUCAGCAAACCAACUCCAUCAUAGACACCGCCUUCUACUCCUCGCUGUCGUCCUCUUCGCUCACAAGUAUCUGUGCAGAUUCUACGAAUCAUCCCACUGCCAGAAACCAUAGCUCAGGUGUGAAUCAACUCAGUGUGAGAGAAGUGUGUGGCGUCUGUCGCCUCGGAGGAGGAGACUUGACCCGAUGCCUACAGUGUUUUGAGCGUUUCCAUGUGCACUGCCUCUUCUCCAAAGGGAGAUCCAUCUGCCUGUCCUGCUCCAGACCCUGGGCCAGCUCUGCCGAAAAAGAGGCUGAAUCCAGAGGCACACAGGUCGCCCCAGUGGUUCAGAACACACUCAGCCAUGAUCACAGCUCUUCAGUCCCUGAGCCCAUCCUCCAUAAGGACGAUCUGGACUCCAUCCUGGCAGAUAGCUCCAUUGACGGCAUCUUACAAUGGGCUUUCAACAACAUAUCCCGAACUCUUCCAGACUCACAAGGAUGUUACCAGUGACUGUAGGACAUACUGCACACAUGCAUGGGCUCUCAACAUCUACAGUAAACCCUUUUUUAUGAGCCUGCACAUCAGCCAACAAAAAUGUUCUAGCAUCUUUCUUACUGUGUCUAGUAUACUUUUAAAUCAUAAGAUACCAAGGUAAAUGGGAGUUUCUGUACAAACUGCAGUAAAUACACUUUAAAUGUGCCAUUAUUCCACCACUGUAAGCCUGUUAUUUCACCUGCAUGUGAUUCACAUGAUUUUAUACCGCAGGGGAACAGCAGUGUUGUAGAGGAUAGAAGACAACCUCAAAUUAAACCACAGACUGCACAGGAACAGUGUCUCAUCACAGCAAAUAAACAUGUGUGUACAUACAGUAUGUGUAGUUAUG